AUGGAAGACGCCGGUGUGUACGAAUGUUAUACGGAUUCAUUGCAAGGAAACGUCACGCUUCGGUUCAAAUAUCGCGACGAUGACAAGCCUAAUCGUCUACGUCCAUCUCAACUUCACAAAGGUCACAAAGGAAAGAACAAGAAUGCAUCGCUUUUUGAGGCGAUUCUUUCUGCUGGAAGUUAUUCUGAGAUGGCAAGGGAGUUACAAAAACACCGCGAUACGAUUCAAGCCCGUUGGGAGAUGGGACACUGGACAGACUGCAAACAGGUCACAUGUGGUGUUGCCGGUUACCAGGCACGGGAAGUGACUUGCAGCGUGAUGGUGGACGGUGCGCGUCGAACCGGCGAUCCACGGCUGUGUACCGCGUUAGCUUCACCUCGACCGCCUGACACAGACCCUGCCCACAAAGCAGGAAUGCCCGAUGGGCAUGGCCGAGUGAAAAUUGGACAGAGGAAAUUCUGCUCAACCGCUCCAUGCCAGCGCAAUGGAGUUGCGAAACAACGUCGUCAUGUGAGAUGCCUGAAAUCGAACGGAGAAGCCGUGGAAGAGGAGCGCUGUGACAAAACGCAAAGACCGAAGACGCGCAAGGAAUGCGAAAAUCCAAGCUGCAAAGCCGAAUGGCAUGCAUCCGACUGGGGCUCCUGCUCAUCAAACUGUGGUACCGGAGGGGUACAAGUAAGUGAUUUCCAAACUUCUGCUCGUUGGAAGGUUCACAACGAAGUGUGUUCCAGCUCCGGCUAUUAUCUUGCGUGUGGGCAGCGAGUCGAGCUGCAGCCGGCCGCAACUGCGAAGGGAGACGUCCACCAGCUGCUCGUUCUUGCCCGCUUGCUGGUUCGCUUCCUCCUUGUAGUCCUACUGCCCUUCCUCUACAACAAGGUCAGUUCCCAUGGAUAUCGUCCCGUAAUAGGAACGUCUUCAUCAACCUGCAUGUUCCAAUUUUCUUUUACUUGUGUCAUGCAACCCACUUUAGAUGAAUCUUGCGAAGAUAACUCGCGCUACUGUGAUAUUAUCAAAGUGUUCCAUUCAUGCGACUCUGGUGAGGUUCGUCAGAAAUGUUGUGCGACGUGCAAAUAUGUGGAGAAGCGACGUCGUUGA